GGGGCUCUUCCAUGAAGACUGAGGCGGGCGUAGCUGCUGAGAAGAGCCUGCUGACAUGACAUCGGCCACAGAGUUUGAAAACGUGGGCAACCAGCCACCGUACAGCCGGAUCAAUGCUCGCUGGGAUGCCCCGGACGACGAGCUGGAUAAUGACAACAGCUCAGCCAGGCUCUUUGAGAGGUCCCGGAUCAAGGCCUUGGCAGACGAGCGGGAAGUUGUUCAGAAGAAGACCUUCACAAAGUGGGUGAACUCUCACCUGGCUCGAGUGUCCUGCCGCAUCAGCGAUCUCUACAAGGACCUGCGGGAUGGACGGAUGCUCAUCAAGCUGCUGGAGGUUCUCUCUGGAGAAAUGCUGCCAAGGCCCACCAAGGGGAAGAUGCGCAUCCACUGCCUGGAGAACGUGGACAAGGCCUUACAGUUCCUCAAGGAGCAGCGUGUACACCUGGAGAACAUGGGCUCCCAUGACAUCGUGGAUGGCAACCACCGCCUGGUCCUGGGCCUCAUCUGGACCAUUAUCCUCCGCUUCCAGAUUCAAGACAUUGUUGUCCAAACUCAAGAAGGUCGUGAGACACGCUCAGCCAAGGAUGCGUUGCUCUUGUGGUGCCAGAUGAAGACAGCAGGCUACCCUCAUGUCAAUGUCACCAACUUCACCUCCAGCUGGAAGGAUGGCCUGGCCUUUAAUGCCCUGAUACAUAAGCACCGGCCUGACCUGAUUGACUUUGACAAGCUGAAGGAUUCCAAUGCCCGGCAUAACCUAGAGCAUGCAUUUGAUGUGGCUGAGCGCCAGCUGGGCAUCAUCCCGCUCCUCGACCCAGAGGAUGUCUUCACUGAGAACCCUGAUGAGAAGUCCAUCAUCACCUACGUGGUAGCGUUUUACCACUACUUCUCUAAGAUGAAGGUGCUGGCAGUGGAGGGCAAGCGUGUGGGCAAGGUCAUUGACCACGCCAUCGAGACUGAGAAGAUGAUUGAAAAGUACAGUGGACUAGCCUCAGACCUGCUCACCUGGAUCGAACAGACCAUCAGCGUCCUGAACAGCCGCAAGUUUGCCAACUCGUUGACUGGUGUCCAGCAGCAGCUACAGGCCUUCAGCACUUACCGCACUGUGGAGAAGCCACCUAAAUUUCAGGAAAAGGGGAAUCUGGAAGUUCUACUCUUUACUAUCCAGUCCCGGAUGAGAGCCAACAAUCAAAAAGUGUACACGCCCCAUGAUGGGAAGCUAGUAUCUGACAUCAAUCGGGCCUGGGAGAGCCUGGAGGAGGCCGAGUACCAGCGGGAGUUGGCCCUGAGGAGCGAGCUCAUUAGACAGGAGAAACUGGAGCAGCUGGCACGGCGCUUUGACAGAAAGGCCGCCAUGAGAGAGACGUGGCUCAAUGAAAACCAACGCCUUGUGACUCAGGAUAACUUCGGAUACGACCUGGCAGCUGUGGAGGCCGCCAAGAAGAAGCACGAGGCCAUCGAGACGGACACUGCUGCCUAUGAGGAACGGGUGAAAGCCCUGGAGGACCUGGCCCAGGAGCUCGAAAAGGAAAAUUACCAUGACCAGAAACGCAUCAUGGCCCGGAAGGACAACAUCCUGCGCCUGUGGAGCUACCUGCAGGAGCUGCUGCGGUCCCGGCGCCAGAGACUGGAGGCCACCCUGGCACUGCAGAAGCUCUUCCAAGACAUGCUACACAGCAUCGACUGGAUGGACGAGAUCAAGGCUCACCUCUUGUCUGCUGAGUUUGGGAAGCACCUGUUGGAGGUUGAGGACUUGCUACAGAAGCACAAGUUGAUGGAGGCUGACAUUGCCAUCCAAGGGGACAAAGUGAAGUCCAUCACAGCAGCCACCCUGCAGUUUGCUGAGGGGAAAGGGUACCAGCCUUGCGAUCCUCAGGUCAUCCAGGACCGUGUCAGCCACCUGGAACAGUGCUUCGGGGAGCUGAGUGACAUGGCAGCUGGGCGGAAGGCUCAGCUGGAGCAGUCCAAGCGACUCUGGAAGUUCUUCUGGGAAAUGGAUGAAGCUGAAAGCUGGAUCAAGGAAAAGGAGCAGAUCUACUCCUCACUCGACUAUGGCAAGGACCUGACCAGCGUACUUAUCUUGCAGCGCAAGCACAAGGCCUUUGAGGAUGAGCUCCGCGGGCUGGAUGCCCACCUGGCUCAGAUCUUCCAGGAGGCUGAGGGCAUGGUUGCACGCAAGCAGUUUGGGUACCCUCAGAUCCAGGCCCGAGUCAAGGAGGUGUCAGCCCAAUGGGACCAGCUGAAGGAGUUGGCUGCCUUUCGUAAGAAGAACCUCCAGGAUGCAGAGAACUUCUUCCAGUUCCAGGGCGAUGCAGAUGACCUGAAGGCCUGGCUACAAGAUGCACACCGGCUACUCUUGGGUGACGAUGUAGGGCAGGAUGAAGGGGCCACGCGGGCCCUGGGGAAGAAGCAUAAGGACUUCCUGGAGGAGCUGGAGGAGAGCCAUGGGGUGAUGGAGCACUUGGAACAGCAGGCACAGGGCUUCCCCCAAGAAUUCCGGGAUUCACCAGAUGUGACCAGCCGGUUGCAGGCCCUUCAGGAGCUCUACCAGCGGGUGGUCACCCAGGCAGAUUUGCGUGGGCAGAAGCUGCAGGAGGCGCUGGACCUGUACACGGUGUUCGGGGAAUCAGAUGCCUGUGAGCUGUGGAUGAGUGAGAAGGAGAAGUGGCUGGACCAGAUGGAAAUCCCAGACACCCUAGAGGACCUGGAGGUCGUGCAGCACAGGUUCGACAUCCUGGACCAGGAGAUGAAGACGCUGAUAGCUCAGAUCGAUGGGGUGAACCUCGCCGCCAACAACCUGGUCGAGAGUGGCCACCCACGCAGCGGGGAAGUGAAACAGUACCAGGACCGCCUGAACAAGAGGUGGCAGGCAUUCCAGAGUGUGGUGUCCAAUCGGAGAGAGGCUGUGGACUCAGCCCUUCGAGUACACAACUACUGUGUUGACUGUGAGGAGACCAGCAAGUGGAUCAUGGAUAAGACAAGAGUCGUGGAGUCUACCAAGGACUUGGGGCAGGACCUGGCAGGUGUCAUUGCCAUCCAGCGGAAGCUGUCAGGGCUAGAGCGGGAUGUGUUUGCCAUCCGGGAUCGAGUAGGUGCCCUGGAGCGUGAAUCGCAGCAGCUCAUGGAGUCACACCCUGAGCAGAAGGAGGACAUUGGCCAGAGGCAGGCAGAUGUUGAGAAGCUGUGGAAGGGCCUACAAGACGCUCUGCAGGGCCAGGAGCUCUCCUUGGGUGAAGCCAGCAAGCUGCAGGCCUUCCUGCAAGAUCUGGAUGACUUCCAGGCCUGGCUGUCCAUGGCCCAGAAGGCUGUGGCCUCUGAGGACAUGCCUGAGUCACUCCCAGAAGCCGAGCAGCAACUGCAGCAGCACGCAGCCAUCAAGGAUGAGAUUGACGGGCACCAAGAGAGCUAUCAGAAAGUCAAGGCCUCUGGAGAGAAGGUGAUCGAAGGCCAGAAGGACCCAGAAUACCAGCUUCUGGGCCAGAGGCUAGAGGGCCUGGGUUCUGGCUGGGAUGCCCUGCGCCGGAUGUGGGAGAGCCGAGGCCACUCCCUUGCCCAGUGCCUCGGUUUCCAGGAGUUCCAGAAGGAUGCUAAGCAGGCUGAAGCCAUCCUCAGCAAUCAGGAGUACACUCUGGCUCACCUGGAGCCCCCAGACUCGCUAGAAGCUGCAGAAGCUGGGAUCCGGAAGUUUGAGGAUUUCUUAUUGUCUAUGGAGAACAACCAGGAAAAGGUCUUGAGUCCUGUGGACUCCGGAAACAAGCUGGUAGCUGAGGGAAACCUGUACUCAGACAAGAUCAAGGAGAAGGUGCAGCUGAUUGAAGACAGGCAUAGAAAGAAUAAUGAGAAGGCCCAGGAGGCCACGGUUCUUCUAAAAGACAACCUAGAGCUACAGUACUUCCUCCAGAAUUGCAAAGAGCUCAUUCUCUGGAUCAAUGACAAGCUGCUGACAUCGGCAGAUACAUCCUAUGAUGAAGCACGCAACCUUCACAACAAAUGGCUGAAGCACCAGGCAUUCAUGUCAGAGCUGGCUUCCCACCAAGGGUGGCUUGAGAACAUUGAUGCAGAAGGAAGGCAGCUGAUGGAGGAGAAGCCCCAGUUUAAGGUCAUAGUAUCCCAGAGGCUGGAAGACUUACACCGGCUCUGGGAUGAGCUCCAGGCCACCACCAAGGAGAAGACCCUGCAACUCUCAGCCGCCAGGAGCUCUGACCUGCGCUUGCAGACCCACGCGGACCUCAACAAAUGGAUCGGUGCCAUGGAGGACCAGCUGCGAUCAGAUGACCUGGGCAAGGACCUGACCAGUGUCAACCGGAUGUUGGCUAAGUUGAAGCGAGUGGAGGACCAAGUGAAUGUGAGGAAGGAGGAGCUGGAGACGCUGUUUGCCCAGGUGCCCUCCCUGGGAGAAGAGACUGGAGAUGAAGACAUGAGCAUCGAGAAGAGGUUUCUGGACCUCCUGGAACCCCUAGGAAGGAGGAAGAAGCAGCUGGAAUUAUCCAAAGCCAAGCUGCAGAUCAGCCGGGACUUAGAGGAUGAGACGCUCUGGGUGGAGGAGCGGUUGCCACUGGCCCAGUCAGCAGACUAUGGCACGAACCUGCAAACCGUGCAGCUGUUCAUGAAGAAGAACCAAACGCUGCAGAACGAGAUCCUGGGCCACACGCCACGGGUGGAGGACGUGCUCCAGCGAGGAAAGCAGUUGGUGGAGGCGGCAGAGAUUGAGUGCCAGGACAUCGAGGAGCGCGUGGGGCACCUGCGGGCCUCCUGGGACACGCUUCGGGAGGCAGCAGCGGGAAGGCUGCAGCAGCUGCGGGACGCCCACGAGGCCCAACAGUACUACCUGGAUGCAGGCGAGGCCGAGGCCUGGAUCAGCGAGCAGGAACUCUAUGUCUUCUCCGACGAACCCCCCAAGGAUGAAGAGGGCGCCAUUGUGAUGUUGAAGCGGCACUUGCGGCAGCAGCGCACAGUGGAGGAGUACGGGAGGAACAUUAAGCACUUGGCCGGCCGUGCCCAGAGCCUGCUGUCUGCAGGCCACCCAGAAGGGGAACAGAUCAUCAGACUUCAGGGCCAAGUGGACAAGCAGUAUGCAGGGUUGAAGGACAUGGCAGAAGAGCGUAGGCGGAAGCUGGAGAACAUGUACCACCUAUUCCAGCUGAAGAGGGAGGCUGAUGACCUGGAGCAGUGGAUAACAGAAAAGGAGAUGGUGGCCUCAUCCCAAGAAAUGGGACAAGACUUCGACCAUGUCACUAUGCUCCGGGACAAGUUCCGGGACUUUGCCCGGGAGACUGGGGCAAUUGGGCAAGAGCGAGUGGACAACGUGAAUGCCAUCAUUGAGCGGCUCAUCGAUGCCGGCCACAGUGAGGCAGCCACCAUUGCUGAGUGGAAGGAUGGGCUGAAUGACAUGUGGGCGGACCUUCUGGAGCUCAUUGACACGCGCAUGCAGCUGCUGGCCGCCUCCUAUGACCUGCACCGCUAUUUCUACGCUGGGGCUGAGAUCCUGGGCCUCAUCGAUGAGAAGCACCGCGAGUUGCCCGAGGACGUGGGUCUGGAUGCCAGCACGGCUGAGUCCUUCCACCGUGUGCACACUGCCUUCGAGCGGGAGCUCCACCUGCUAGGCGUGCAGGUACAGCAGUUCCAGGAUGUGGCCACCCGCCUGCAGACAGCAUAUGCUGGGGAGAAGGCAGAUGCCAUCCAGAGCAAGGAGCAGGAAGUGUCUGCGGCCUGGCAGGCUCUGCUCGAUGCCUGUGCUGGGCGCCGGGCCCAACUAGUGGACACAGCAGACAAAUUCCGCUUCUUCAGCAUGGUCCGAGACCUUCUCUCCUGGAUGGAGAGUAUCAUCCGGCAGAUUGAGACCCAGGAGAGGCCCAGGGAUGUCUCCUCCGUGGAACUGCUCUUAAAGUAUCACCAAGGCAUCAAGGCAGAGAUCAACACGCGGAGUAAGAACUUCAGCACCUGCCUAGAGCUCGGGGAAUCCCUGCUACAGAGACAACACCAGGCCUCAGAGGAGAUCCGGGAGAAACUGAAGCAGGUGGUAUCCAGGAGGCAGGAGAUGAAUGACAAGUGGGAAGCCCGUUCUGAUCGGCUUCACAUGUUGCUGGAAGUGUGUCAGUUCUCGAGGGAUGCCUCUGUGGCGGAAGCAUGGCUGAUCGCCCAGGAGCCCUAUCUGGCCAGCCGGGACUUUGGACACACAGUGGACAGCGUGGAGAAGCUGAUCAAGAGGCACGAGGCUUUUGAGAAGUCCACAGCCAGCUGGGCAGAGCGCUUUGCUGCCCUGGAGAAGCCUACCACGCUUGAGCUUAAAGAGCGCCAGACGCCUGAGAGACCUGCAGAGGAGCCUGGGCCUCAAGAGGAGGAAGGUGAGACAGCUGGAGAGGCUCCCCAAGUUCACCCGGCAGCCACCGAGAGAACGUCCCCGAGGGAAGAAGAAGGACCAUGGGUUCGAGACCGGCAGCCGCCACCCUUGCUGGGCCAGCAGGAGAAUGGACCAGAGGAGAAAUCUGGUGAGGACGAGAGGCCUGCCACGGAGCCCAUCUUUAAGGUCCUGGACACACCUCUGAGUGAGGGCGACGAGCCCACAACGCUCCCCGCCCAGCGGGACCUUGGGCACAGCGUGCAGAUGGAGGGCUACCUGGGCCGGAAGCAUGACCUAGAAGGCCCCAACAAAAAGGCAUCCAACAGGUCCUGGAAUAACCUGUACUGCGUGCUCAGAAAUAGUGAGCUGACCUUCUACAAGGACGCCAAGAACCUGGCCCUGGGGGUGCCCUACCAUGGGGAGGAGCCCCUGGCCCUGAGACAUGCCAUCUGUGAGAUUGCUGCCAAUUACAAGAAGAAGAAGCACGUCUUUAAGCUCAGGCUGAGUAAUGGCAGUGAGUGGCUCUUCCAUGGCAAAGAUGAGGAGGAGAUGCUGUCCUGGCUGCAGGGGAUGAGCACGGCCAUCAACGAGUCCCAGAGCAUCCGUGUCAAGGCACAGAGCCUGCCCCUGCCCUCCCUUGCUGGCCCAGAUGCCAGCCUCGGCAAGAAGGACAAGGAGAAGAGAUUCAGCUUCUUCCCUAAAAAGAAGUAG